CAAAGUCUACUUUGCUGUCUCGAUGGUGAGGAGGAGGAGGAGCAUCAAAACUUAAGUCAGGUGGCAAAAGGCCGGAAAAAAAGAACGUUCUUUGCAGCUCCACUUUGUACAAAGAGACGGUCAGACAAACUAAAUGAAAAGGCCCGAAGUAGGCAGAGGGCCCGACUUGAGGGGUGUCUUUCUGCCUACAGUCCAGGCCUGAAAAAAUUAACUAACUGGGUAAGCCGAGAAAAUGGGCCAGCCGAGUCCACGACCCGUGCUUGGUAUCCGGGUCACUUGGCCGCCGCUGGGUCAAGUUGCCAAAUGAUGUGGGGAACAGGCUCCGAAACCCGCUAUGAGGGCAUGUACGUAGAAUGA